UCGCAUUAAAAGUAAGACUCCACUUAUUGUUUAUUCGUAUUAGCAUCCUAAUUAAUUCUAUAGUCCUACCUUUUUAUAUUCAAUUAUCAACUUAGUUAGAAUAAUACAGAGAAAUAAACGAAAAUGUUGCAGCUAUUAUAUGCAGUUAUAUUUGCAGAAAUGUUAAUGAUUAUGAGUUUUUUGUUCAAGACACCGCUAAGGAAGCUCGUGAUCAUGGCUUUGAACACGGCCAAGCGCGGCCGUGGACCCGUCGUCGUUAAAACCGUCACGGCCACGUUGGUGGUGAUGCUCGGUUCUGCACUCUACAGUAUUUAUGAGAUUCGGUGUCGGUAUGUGGAAAGUGUUACUAUUAUUGAUCCCACCGAACAAGUACUAUUGUCCAACCACCUAUUACAAGCUUCUCUUUUGGGGUUUGUUUUGUUCCUUUCUUUGGUUAUAGAUAGAUUGCAUCAUUACAUUAGAGAGCUUCGGGUUCUUAGGAAAACUAUGGAAACUGUUAAGAAUCAGAAUCGAAGUUUUGAGAGGAAUAAAAGCGUGAAUGCAUCGGAGAACAAGGCGUUGAAGGAAGAAAUUGGUGUGUUGAAGUCCAAAAUUGAGAAACUGGAAUCUGAAUGUGAAGUAAGAAGAAAGCAGGGUUGAGUCCUUGGAAACUAAAGUGGAUGCUCAGAAUCUUAGGAAAGUUUUGGAGAGUACAGAAUAAAGAUUUUCUUAUGUUGAUGACAGAGUUUAUGAAUUUGCUGUUUAUGUUUUGGUUGGGGUUGAUUACAUGAUAAGAAUAGCUUAUAGUUUAGUAAUAGGUUAAAAUUGAAUAUACCUACACCUAUACCGUAUGUACGGACGAUAUUAUUCAUGUUCGGACGUCACUAUACAUGUACGGACGAAUACUAUUCAUGUACGAAUGAAUACUAUUCAUGUACGGACGUUUAUUUUUAAUACUUGGACGUGCAUUAACCAACUUCA